AUGUCCAGUCAGUCAUUGAUAUCAUUGAAUACAACAUCUUCACACAAUCAAACUAAUACUAUGUCACUUUUACCGAUUAUGACUUCUACAAGACUUAUCUGGAACGUUUCACAAAAUUUGUCCGACGACAACACAGAUGACACCGAAUCAAUCACCACUAUCAAAGAAAACGAUAAUAAUACCUUACCCCUCACACAACAUUCAUCGACAGUUUCAAACGUUCAAAUAACACAGAAUAAAACCAAUUUGAAUUCUAUGUUGCCACAAACAUUGGACUCAUUUCAUCCAACAACGUUACCUAUGACGGUUAAGAAUGAGUCAUCAGACGCAUCUAUUGCAGAAACAUGCUUAUUAGCAACUACUCAUAUUCCUUCGUCAUCAUCAACAGUUGUUCGUGAUACUCAAAAAGAUACAUCUUUAACAAUGUUGACAGAAAAUUCGGAUAACUAUUCCGAUAAUCAACAAGUCAAUGAUAAAAACGAUAUGAAAAGAACAGAUUCAAUACACAGAGAUAAUUUAUAUGAUGAUGAUUCAAAUAUUAAAAAAUUGAUUGAUAAUAUUCAAAAUCUAUUAUAUUUACUCUUCUUUGAGCUUUCAUGGUUAUGUUUCGGGAUAGUAUAA